GUUCACGGCCUGUACGGCGGCGUUGGUAUCCCUUCCAACUAUCCACGGAUAAGGCGAUGGCACCGGGUUGGUGUCAAACUGCGGCGAGACUGGACAUGAACGAGCCUUUUAGUCGCUGGGCAGACGUCAUGAUGAAGCUGUAGUCAAGUAACUGACAAGUAUUCGGUUGCUGUUCGUUGAUCUAAGUAUUCCGUAGUUAGCAGUGUUGUUAGUUGGAGAAGUGAAGCAGUGAGCGUCUCGACCAAGCCAUAGAGACGGUGAGUCUCUAUCGAGUAGCCAGUAGAUAGAUAUAAAUCAUCAUAGUCAACUGCCAUGAAGGCGAGAUAUCACCCUGAUGGCCGUUCAUCUAAGUAGUUAACUAGUUAAUUGGGUGGCUGGUUGCUGUGUUGUUGCUAUGAACAAGCAACACAGCUUCAUCUUUGUCUUCUUCAUCUUCCUAACAACUAACUACAAGUCCACCUCGAGGCAGCCAUAUUCUCAACCUGACCAGCUGCAAAGGACCAUGACAUCGACAUCCUUCUCUCCAUGACAGUUACUCGCAGAGCUGCUCUUCUUCUUCUUCUCUCUCCUCCUAUUUAGCCCGCAAUUCAGUUUCUCUCACCAAAGAUGGGCAAACCGCAGCGACAGCAACGCCAAUCCAGGGCCAAAAAGGGGGCUGGAGGGAUUCGAAAAGGAGUUAGAAAGCGAGCAAAGCCCAUGCCAAAGGCACUGAAAGACAAGCUUAGAGAUAUCUCUUACUCAAAGACGGCCCAUGGAUUUGUGCCUGAAGAUGUACGUUGGCCAUUGGCCUGUAACUUUACUUCUUAUACACCUAAUAGGGACUAACAGCUGCCAGAUUCUUCUUGACAACCAGCCUCGACCGCCAGGAUACGUCUUUGUGCCCAAGGGAAACGUCUAUAUCACUAGGAAAUGUCGGUCACAGACACACGAUCUCGGCUCUCCCGUGUAUACAGUCUACUGUUCCACAACUUAUAAGCAAACCGGCCUGUACGUCCCGGCCAGCGUGCAAGCAGCCGUCGAGCUGGAGUCCAAGGAGACAUCCGAAGACCGCAAAAGGGCCGUGGCUCAGAAGGACGCCCGGGAUCGACAGAAGGCACGGGAGCUGCUGCUUAAGGAGUUCCCUAACAUGCCCAGGUCAGAUCUCACAGCAGUUCUCAAUCACGCCUUUCUCAAGGGGUCCAGACGAGUCGGAAGGAGUGGCAAGGUUGCCAGUGAGAAAGACAAGGUUAGGCUGGCAGUUGAAGCCCAUAUCAGACACGUCCAUACCGAGUAUGAUGACAUGAUUCGCCGUGGUCUUACACGGGAACGAGCAAGAGAGAAUAUCUGGGAUGAAGUUGUCAUCCUACGAGACUCAUGGAGGAAAUGA